GAAUCAUGGCAGUGGGCCACCGGUCGUCGCAGCUUAGUGACGUGUGCAGUGCGGCUCGCCAUGUCGGCUCAGGCGCUGCAGGAACAUUUCCGCGGAAACAGCAAGACCCGAGAAUUCCCGGCACACAGCGCCAAGGUGCACUCGGUGGCCUGGAGCUGCGAUGGGCGCCGCCUCGCUUCCGGCUCCUUCGACAAGACGGCCAGCGUGUUUGUUCUGGAGAAAGACCGACUGGUAAGAGAACUUAAUUACCGUGGCCAUGGAGACAGUGUGGACCAACUGUGCUGGCACCCCACAAACCCAGAUCUCUUUGUCACUGCUUCAGGAGAUAAGACGAUACGCAUAUGGGAUGUUAGAUCUGAAAGGUGCGUCACAACUGUUACAACAAAAGUUGGCAGCAAAGGGCACACAGCAGAUGACUCAUGGGGUGAAAACAUAAAUAUCUGCUGGAGCCCAGAUGGUCAGACUAUUGCAGUAGGCAAUAAGGAUGAUGUAGUCACUUUUAUAGAUGUGAAAACCUACCGCCCCAGAGCGGAGGAGCAGUUCAAAUUUGAGGUUAAUGAAAUCUCGUGGAACAAUGAUAACAAUAUGUUCUUCCUCACAAAUGGGAAUGGCUGCAUCAACAUUCUGAGCUACCCAGAGUUAAAGCCAAUUCAAUCGAUCAACGCGCACCCAUCCAAUUGCAUCUGCAUUAAGUUUGAUCCUACAGGGAAAUACUUUGCAACAGGCAGUGCCGAUGCCCUGGUCAGUUUAUGGGAUAUAGAAGAGCUAGUGUGUGUACGCUGUUUUUCACGUUUGGAUUGGCCUGUGAGAACACUAAGUUUCAGCUAUGAUGGAAAAAUGUUGGCGUCUGCUUCCGAGGACCAUUUCAUUGACAUCGCCCAUGUUGAAACAGGUGAAAAGUUGUGUGAAGUUCAGUGUGAAUCUCCCACUUUCACAGUGGCCUGGCACCCUAAGAGGUAUAUUCUAGCCUUUGCUUGUGAUGACAAGGAUGGAAAGUAUGACAGUAGUCGUGAAGCUGGGACAGUGAAGUUGUUUGGUCUUCCUAAUGAUUCUUGAGGAUCGGUGAUAUCCACCUGCUAAAGGAAAGAAAAAAAAAAAAGCUGUGCAUGCCAUCGGGCACCAGUUGGAUGGAUGCCACUACCUACAGACUGACAUGGCUGAAGAAAAAAUACCCAGGCUGUGAUUGAACUGUACCCUUUCCUUUUAACAAAGUGACUCUGGACUUUUUGUAACCAUGAUUAAGUGAAAACUUUUUUUUUUAUAUGGAUAUAUUUUAGUGUUUAAACUUUUUGUAAUCAA